AUGUUGAUGCCGGCGGGUCUUCUCGCCAACAAGACCGCAAUCAUCACCGGCGGUACCACUGGAAUUGGCCGUGCUAUCUGUCUCGAGUUUCUGCGACAAGGUGCCAAUGUUGUGGUCAAUCAUCUAGGUCUUGAAAAGGACCAAGUGCACCUCGACUCGCUUAUCGCCGAGGCCGACGAAAUCCGAAAAGCAUCACCCACUGCUGGACAUCUGGAGCACCAAGAAGGCGACGUUCGCGACCCAGCGACAGCAACAGAUUUGGUCAAGAAGGCUGUAGAACAUUCCACAAAGAAGCGGCUUGACGUGUGCGUAUCGAACGCUGGUAUCUGCACCUUCGCUGACUUUCUGACGCUCGAGCCGGACCUGCUUCACUCAACGGUGCGAACAAACCUGGAUGGUGCCUUCUACGUGACCCAAGCUGCUGCAAGACAGAUGGCGCUUCAUCAAGAGCCCAAGGGAGGAAGCAUUAUCGGUGUCUCGUCCAUCUCUGCGCUUGUUGGCGGUGGUCAACAGACACAUUAUACACCCACCAAGGCGGGCGUAUUGAGCUUGAUGCAGAGCACGGCGUGUGCCCUAGGAGAACACGGCAUCCGGUGCAACGCCCUUCUUCCCGGCACAAUCCGCACGCAACUUAAUGACGCAGAUCUGGCUGACGACACAAAGAGAGCUUACAUGGAAGGCCGUAUCCCUCUGGGCCGUACAGGUUCGCCCUCUGAUAUGGCUGGUCCGGCCGUCUUCCUGGCGUGUCCAGAGCUUAGCGGAUACGUGACGGGUGCACAGCUUCUCGUUGACGGUGGUCUGUUCGUCAAUCUUCAGUGA